AGUUCAUCGCAAAAGAGAGCAUAGGGUAGUAUAGCUCCAACAUCAUCAUUGUGAUUUUAUUACAGUUAAGACUUGAAUAAAAUGGUAGGGUCUAGGAAUGGAGUUCGGGCUAACCCAGGUCCACCAUCCCACAUUCAGACACAGAGAGAAAGAGGUUGUAACUUUUUGGCUGGUGUGGUGGCUGUCCCAUUACGUCACCUCCGAUAUCACCCUUAAUUAUUUAUUUUUUCCUCUGGGGUCUUCUGGAGUCCUUUUAAGAAUUGGUGAUUGGUCUGUGCCGUUCGUUCGCUCUCUGGCUCCACCGUUUGUUCCUCUCUCUCUCUCUCUCUCUCUCUCUCUCUCUCCCUCUCACAUACACUCUCAGAAGCAUUUACACAAACAAUUUGAGGACACUUCGAUCGGUUCUCUGUGUGUGUUUUUUCCCGUUUUGGUGUCUCUAUCAGUUGCAGGUGGGGGUGGCAGUAGAGAAGAGGAUAAACACUUACUAUUUUGCGGCACCUUUUAUUCCCCCAAAGCUUUUGCACCAAUUUAGCUUGAACCAACAAUGAGAGAUAACCACAGCUUUUGAUAUUGAGAAGCCUCGCUACUUCGACGUUCUUCCAAUAUUCCUCUCUCAGGCUCAGCACGAAUUUCCUUAGCUUUUUGUUGUAUUAUCUCCUUCUCGUGAUCUGGUCCGACAACUCGACAGUUCGUGAAAGUUGGGCCGGGGUUCCAAUUCCCGAGGGGAUAUUCUUAUAUAACUGUUUAUAUGUUUUCUUGUCUUAUCCUGUUAGGACUUAGGAGAACCAUCUUCUAUGACCUUUUUGAAAAGAAAGUAAAAGAGGUGAUUACUUGAACACAAUCCAGAUCUGCUGAUUUCGAGUGCCAGAAGACUCUCUGUUGAUUUGGAAUUGAAGACCUAAUCAGCAGCAGGAGACUAUGGAUUCAUUCACUGAUCAUGUUCCUCCUGGUUUCCGGUUCCAUCCCACCAAUGAAGAACUUGUUGGUUAUUACCUUAGGAAGAAAGUUGCUUCAAGAAGAAUUGACCUAGAUGUCAUUAGAGAUGUUGAUCUUUACAAAAUCGAGCCAUGGGACCUUCAAGAGAUUUGCAGAAUAGGGUCAGAAGAGCAAAAUGAAUGGUACUUUUUUAGCCAUAAAGACAAAAAAUAUCCAACUGGAACUCGCACAAAUAGAGCAACCGCGGCUGGAUUUUGGAAGGCAACAGGUAGAGACAAGCCCAUUUACUCUAAGCAUGAGUUGAUUGGGAUGAGGAAGACCUUAGUCUUUUAUAAAGGUCGAGCACCAAAUGGACUGAAAUCUGACUGGAUUAUGCAUGAGUAUCGCCUAGAAACAGAUGAAAAUGGAACUCCACAGGAAGAAGGUUGGGUGGUGUGUAGGGCAUUCAAGAAGAGAAUAACAACUAUAAGAAAAGUGAUCAGUGAACAUGAAUCCCCUUGUUGGUAUGAUGAUCAAGGAUCAUUAAUGCCAGAUUUAGAUUCUUCACCACCAAAACAAAACCCUCACCCAAAUAUGGCUGCUUACCACCACCUUCCUAAUAAUUACCCCUGCAAAGAAGAGCUUGAUCAUCAACAAUAUUUCCAGUACCAAGUUCCUCACCAUGAUCACUUCCUCCAGCUCCCACUCCUAGAGAACCCUAAAUUGCUUCAUCCACCAAGUACGAGUACUGCCACAUUAACCUCCAAUAUUUCUAUGGCUGCAUAUAAUUAUGGAGAACUGGAUAUGAACCAGAAGGUAAGUAAUGUACAAUCCUCAAUAUCACUCACAGAAGAAGAGCAUAUGCAACAAAACUUGCAAUCUGUGUUUGGUAAUGAGCGAGGAGGAGCGGAUCAAGUGACGGAUUGGAGAGUUCUUGACAAGUUUGUUGCUUCUCAACUCAGCCAAGAUGGUCAUGAUCUUUCGAAGGAAAACAAUGUCGUCUUUCAGGGAUCAGCAGAUAAAUGUAGUUGUUAGACAUUUGAGCAAACAAGAAAUGGAGAUGGAGAAUGAUUCAACAUCGACCUCAAGUUGGCAUUUUGAUCAGUGGAAGUGACAAGCACCCUAUAGUACUUAAAUAUGUAUGGAAGACUACACACACAUACAUACUGAUAAUUGGAUUUUUAAUUAUGAAGUAGAAUGAUCUAUAUAUUAAUUAAUUUCCGGCAUGUACAUAAUAAACUUGACCGACCACAAAUAACUUUAAUUGACUGUUGUCAUCUUAGUGUUGAUCAAGUUAAUACUCAACAAUAUUAGUUUUCAAUUCUAAUGAAAUGACUUAGUUUAGGACUUUUGUUAUUAAUUACUAAUUAUGUCGUCAAUAUUUGUUUCCUCAAACGAUAACCUUUUUUUUUUCAUGCAUGAAGUUCUCCUUAAUAUUAUUACUACGUGCAGUUAAUUAGCACUUUUGUUAUUUGUUAUUUCAUGAAAUCUUGCAAUUUCCAAAUAAAUUGCAUUCUCUUCAAUUCUCAAACCAACUUGAACACUCUAAAAUCAUUAGAUAGAGUUUAUUUAGGUUUGCAGUACUAAUAACAUAAAUGAUUUAUCAAUUGACCUUUUUUUUAGGUGGGGAAUUCACAGGCCUGACACCUUAAGUUUUGGUCCUUAUCGGAUGUUCAAAAGACAAGCUUGUAUGUCGACGUCGUUCUCGGUUAUAAAGAAAAAACUCAAAUGAUUUGUUUGCGGAAUUAUUUCAAUGUAUGAUAUUUAUAUUAUCUAAAUUUACAUAUUUCACUUAAAAAAUAAUAAUUUUGCUUCUAUAUAAACAAGGGGAUCCCAUGUGACUUUUAUGAAAAGGGUUCAUGUGUAUUAUAGGCGCUAUCAUGCUAGCUUAAUGAUAUUGGUGCAAGGGAAUUCUUAGCUGAUAAGUUUGGCAAUACAUAUGCAGAUGUGCAUUGCACUCCACUUCAAGAGUACAAGGCACUCAAAGAACUCAGUCAUGACCUAGAUUAAGCCCCAAAAAAUGACACCAACAUAUCAUCAGGAGAUUAAUCAAUAUUAUUUACGCGCG